CUCAUCCACCACCAGGAGACAGCUGUUCCAGCCAUCCAGAAGCUACAGGUGCUCCCUCCUCAGAUCCCCAAUGGAUUUCACUCACAGAAGCCUCCACAGAGGUCUGAGUUCCUCCUCAGAGGGCCCCGCAAUCAGCGUGAGCGGCUCCACACAUAGGAAGGGGGCCAUGCAGUACCUUGCAGCUGCACCCAGCGUCUAUGGGGGAGCUGGAGGUCAGGGCAUCCGCAUCUCGAACUCCAGACAUAUGAUGAGCUAUGGAGGUGAUCCCUCCGGUGGAGACCUGUUUGUUGGUAAUGGGAAGAUGACCAUGCAGAACCUAAAUGAACGCCUAGCAAACUACCUAGCAAAAGUGCAGUCCCUGGAAAAGUCCAAUGCCAAACUUGAAUUGCAGAUUAAGCAGUGGUAUGAAACAAACACGCCCGGCACCAGGGACCACAGCGCGUAUUACCAACAAAUAGAAGAGCUGCAAAAUCAGAUUAAAAAGGUACAACUGGAAAAUGCGCAUUGUGUCCUACAAAUUGAUAAUGCCAGAUUGGCUGCUGAGGACUUCAAGCUGAAGUAUGAGACUGAAAGGGCACUACACCUCACAGUGGAGGGUGAUAUCCGUGGCCUGAACAAGGUCUUGGGUGAUCUAUCCCUAACUAGAACAGACUUGGAGAUUCAAAUUAAAGAACUGAGUAAAGACCUGGAUAUUCUCAAAAAAGAACAUCAGGAGGAAGUGGAUAGCCUACGGAAACACCUGGGCAACACUGUCAGUGUAGAACUGGAUGCUGCUCCAUGCCUGAACCUUGGCACCACCAUGAAUGAAAUGAGGCAGAAGUAUGAAGUGAUAGCCCAGGAGAACCUUCAGAAGGCCAAAGAGCAGUUUGAGAAACAGACUCAAGCGCUGCAGCAGCAAGUCACACUGAGCAAUGAAGAGUUAAAAGAAACUGAGGCUCACGUAAAGGAGCUGAGACGCACCUACCAGAACCUGGAGAUAGAACUCCAGUCCCUCCUCAGUCUGAAAGAAACUUUGGAGCACACACUAGAGGACACCAAAGAUCGUUACAGUAGAAAACUGGCCACCAUCCAGGGAGUAAUGGACAACCUAGAAGCCCAGCUGGUGCAGAUUAGGAAGGAUACAGAACGCCAGAGCAAUGAAUACAAUAUCCUCCUUGACAUAAAGACCCGGCUUGAGCAGGAAAUUGCUACUUACCGCCGCCUUCUGGAAGGAGAUGUCAUCAAAACUACAGAAGAUGACUUAAGCAUCUCAGAGGAGAAAGAUAUAAAGAGAAAAAGGAAGAUUAGGACAGUCGUGGAAGAAGUGGUGGACGGCAAGGUUGUAUCAUAUCAAUCCAAGGAGGAGGAAGAAGAUUUGUAAAUGGCUGCCCAGAGAUGCCGCUGAGGGUUUGAAAGAAACAAAGCUGUAAUUUCUGGUCACUGUAAGACAGCUGCCAUUAGCGCCAUUAGUGCUCUGUGGUAACCAGAAGGGGACAAAAGCCCAUUGAUCAGUCUCUGAAAUUGAAUAUAAAUUGUUUUACUCAAGAAGCUGCAAAUAGCCUACAAAAAUGAAAUCCAAUGAGCACUAGAUCACUUAAAAUGUCAUUACCACCACCUUCACCAUGAAGCACAUUAAUUAUAAGCUAGUAACCACCUAACAGCAAUUCGUUAAUGUUCCUGAAAACUUCAGCACACCUGAAUUACACUAAACUUCACGGAGUAGAAGAAUCCCUAAAAACUGCAAAUAAACUGCUCUAAUUUUUCCUGUUUCUGAAUUACAAAAUCUCCAUUCAGAGGCCCCUGGAUUCUUGAAUGAGUCAAUUUCUUGGUUAAUUUCAUUGGAUUUUUAAUAUUGGUACAAUCCUGCUAGCUUUGAGUUACAUCUACAUUUUUUUCCAUUGUCUCUGCUGCCUUUUAAAACUCAACUCAGCUUUUCAAAUAAUCUGGGAGUCAAGACUCCAAUCACAAAUGCUGAGCAAAAUAAGAAUGAAGCACAUUAUGCCUGAAGUGGAAGUAGAUUAAAUGCAAAAUCAGUGAAAUCCUUCUCAACGCCUAAUUCUUCCCUUUAUGACAAUAAACCACAUAAAUCAUCA